AUGGCAACUAAAAUUUUUACAGAAAUUUUAAUUAUAAUUUUAAAAAAUGUUCAAUCAACUCAAGAUUUACGUUCAUCUUUAUUAGUUAACCGAUUCUGGUGUAAAGUUACUACACCUAUACUUUGGGAAUUAACUUUAUGUCAGGACCUUCAUUGGAUAAAUUAUAAGAAGAUGAGGAAGAAAUCAUUAUUUAUUCGAACUUAUUUAUCAUGCAUGGAUACCCAAGCCAGAACUUUAAUUACCCAAAAUGGGUUUGAUUUAUCAUCAUCACCACCUCAUGCUACUUUUGAUUAUCCAUCAUUCAUUCGUGAUUUUAGAAUUGAAAAUUUAGCUUAUUUUAUUUCCAUAUAUUCACAAAAAAUUAUUGUUUCAUAUUUAGAUAACUAUUAUAAUAAUAAUAACAAAUCCAUCAUCAUUAAAUCAAGAAUAUUAUUUUAUGAGAUAUGUAAAUUAAUAAUAAAUCGUUGUACAUUUUUGGAUUCUUUUAAAUUGACGAGAGUUCCCAAACUUUUAUUUGAAAAUUUUCUAAAUAGUGACUUAAUUUGUUCAAUUCUCAAGUUACCUAGUGCCUCAAAAAUAUUUAAGAAAUUAGAAACGUUUGUUUCGGCGACGAUAAAUGAUGAAUUAACUAGACCAUUAUAUGAAUCAUUAGCAUUAAUUUGUGAUAAUUUUUUAAAUAUGGAUUUGGAAUUUAAGUCGGAAUCUCAAGUGUUAUUAUUAGAAAAACUUAUUGGUGUUCAAAAACGGUUAGAAAAUCUAUCAAUUACAGACAAUGGUUAUAUAAAUUCUAAUUCAUUAUUAUGUGUUAUCAUUAAUCAAAAAAGAUUAAAGAGACUUCGUUUAAUAUCAUUAAGAUUUUAUAAUUUCGAGGAGAAAUCAUCACCAAUUGGACAAUCUACUUCACUUCAAGAACUUUAUAUUGAAAAUUGUUCUGGAUUGUAUAAAUUGGAUUGUUUAUUUUUUGCCUCAUUAUUUACUCAAUUGAGUAGUUUUCGUUUGAGAAAUACUUUCGAUGCAUUUCCUCGAGAUUUUAUUAUUAAAAUUUUCGAAACGGCAAAUGUGAAUUUAAAAAAUAUUUGUCUAGACUUAUGCCAAAGAAUUCCAUCUGAUGUCGUUUCAGCAAUUUUAAAUUAUUGUAAAAAGAUUACGGAAUUAGUUUUAUGUAAUUUAAGUUCUGAACAAGUAAUAGUUAUAUUUAAUAAUAAUUUUAAUGAUUUGAGGAGAUUUUCAUUUGAUUGUGUAAAAGGAUUGAAUGCUAAUAAAUUAUUAUGCCAAAUGGGUGAAAGUGUACCAGAAUCACUUGAAACUGUUGAAAUUAGAAUGGGAAUAUUUAGUGCUGAUAGUUUGCGAAAAUUUUUUGAAGGUUGGUGUCGUAAAGGAGUGGGGGGAAAUAAAAAGAUGAUUGUAAAACGACAAGUGCGAAGACGUAAAUUAAGUGAUGAACAUCGGAAAAUUAUUGAAAAAUAUGGAACGGAAUUAUACUGUCUCUUGUUCAAAGUAUCACCUUGGGAAGCAUUAUGGCAAUAG